GAAAAAAGAAGAAGGGGAAAAACUGCCUCAGCGUUAGUGUGAACCUCGCUGCGGUGAACACACGCGCAGAUUGAGCAAAGCUGAGCUGGGUGGGACUUUCUUUCCGCUUUUUUUUUUUUCACGCUCCAACAUUCGGACCAAGUACUGUUACUACAUCCACAUUUCUUUCACUCACUUAAAACACUGAGCCAUGACAGAAGGUAACAAUCUCCCGGCUGGCACGGCCGAGGUGCUCCCCGUUGAAACUGCAGAAGAAGAACAGCAAGAGAAACAAAUGAACGACAAGGGCGACUCUAAAGUGUCCGUGGACGGACAGGAGCAGAGCGCCGCUCCGAGCGCGCAAGAGGUUGAGUUCGUGCACCCGGAGGGUGGCUGGGGUUGGGUGGUCAUGCUGGCGGCUAUGUGGUGCAACGGUUCCGUGUUUGGGAUCCAGAACGCUUUUGGUAUUCUCUUUCUGUCCUUGCUUCGGGAGUUCGGCUCGGAGAAUGACGAAGACCUGCGCUUCCGAACAGCGCUGGUGGGCUCCCUUUCCAUGGGCAUGAUCUUCUUCUGCUCUCCCAUCGUCAGUGUCUUCACCGAUAUUUUCGGCUGCAGAAUUACAGCGGUGGGUGGUGCUACUGUAGGCUUGGUCGGCCUCAUGGCCACCUCCUUUGUCACACACCUGGGUCCCAUGUAUUUCACCUACGGCAUUGUAUUCGCAUGUGGCUGCUCCUUUGCCUACCAGCCCAGCCUGGUUAUCCUGGGUCACUAUUUCAAGAAGCGUCUGGGUGUAGUGAAUGGCAUCGUGACGGCUGGAAGCAGCAUAUUUACCAUCUCUUUACCCUUUGUGCUGUCGAAUCUGCUCGAGAAAGUGGGCCUUCAUAACACUAUGCGGGUCCUCUGUAUCUUUAUGUUUGUGCUGAUGCUGGCAGGCUUAACCUACAAGCCACUGCUACCCAAUAGGUCAAAUUACAGCCAAACAGGCAGACGUUGUCCCCCUAUGAGCCAGCUCUUCAACGUCAACAUUUGGAAGUCUAUGGGAUAUCGCAUUUGGGCAUUUGGUAUCCCUGCUGCCCUCUAUGGCUACUUUGUGCCUUAUGUUCACUUGAUGCAGCACGUUGAGGAACGUUUCGGUAAGGAAACAAAUAAAGAGGUCUUACUCAUGUGCAUCGGCAUUACCUCCGGAGUGGGCCGUCUCAUUUUCGGCAGAGUGGCAGACUACGUUAAUGGAGUGAACAAGGUUUAUCUGCAGGUGUCAUCUUUUGUAGUCAUUGGCCUGCUGUCGAUGAUGAUACCUCUGUGCAACAUCUUCGGUGGGCUCAUAGCUGUGUGUCUGUUGAUGGGCUUGUUUGACGGCUGCUUCAUCUGCCUCAUGGGACCCAUUGCUUUUGAACUGGUUGGAGCCAAAGAUGUGUCUCAGGCUAUUGGAUUCCUGCUUGGUCUCAUGUCUGUACCAAUGACAGUGGGGCCCCCCAUUGCAGGCUUCUUGAGGGACAGACUCGGUAACUAUGACGUGGCCUUUUACCUGGCAGGGAUUCCUCCUAUCUUUGGAGGAGCUGUACUGUGUCUGAUACCAUGGGUAGAGGCCCGACGUAGGAGAGCUAAGAAGGAAGGCCAGGCAAAGGAGCAAGACGUAACCCAGGCCAUGUUAGAACAUGGAAAGGCUCAGGAGGACGUUCAACAAAAAACUGGAGAGUCUGUUCUCUAAAGUCUGAACAACCUGAGAGGGACGCACACAGAGAGCGUUGGUAAUUGUCUAAAGGUGGAAAAUCAGAAAAAUGCCCAAGUGAUUAAACAUCAGAUGAAGAAACACGAUGAACUUAAAAAAAAAAAAGAAAAUCCAAAAAGCAAUACCAUCCUAGUCUACAGUGUCAUAUGUUGCCUUUCUUGGUUCCCGGAAACCAUUUUAUGAACUUUUUAAAACCAAAGAUCUACACCAUUGUUUAGGUCAGUGGUUCUCAAUUUAAAUACUAUUGUAUGUCGCAUGCGUCGCUGCCACCUAGUGACUGGAGGCUUGUUAUUAUUCAAGCAUUACAGCAGUGGUACACUUAUGUCCAGCGUGCCAUAUUCCACUGGAAGCCCCUCACGCCCCCCUCUGCACCUCUCAGUGCACCCCAGGGGGCCCGCCCCACUAUUUGAGAAGUACUGGGUUGGGUAAACAGACGUGCAUAUCACUUUGAUGUUUUUUUUGUUUUUUUUUUUACCAUGAUUAGGUAGUACGGUAACCUUAAUUCUGGCCAUAGACGUUUGUAAAAAUUAACAUGCACUCCCUUUCCACCUCGAGUGAUGUUAAACACACAAGUCCUAUUCCAUAAUCCACAGAUACAGGUGGGUUGUUUUAUAUAAUCUAAUCUCGUAAAUUUAGUCACAAGUUUACUGCAAGAAAUCAGCAAAACAACAUGGGCGAUUGCAACUAUACAAGUAUGCAGUGUUUUAGCAUCGUGCUAGUAUGUAAGGCUUCAUCAAUGAUUGAUUUUAGCUAGACCACGCUAAUCCUGCUAAUACCAGCACAAUCAAGUUUGCAGGAAAAUAAGAUACCGGAAACUGUGGAUCAAACUUAACUAAACUUAAACUUGGAUCAAACCUUAACUAAAAUUAUGAGAAAGAGAGUAUAUUUUACUGUAUUUUUAUAGCAGGGAAAAGGUGUUCUAACCAAAUCAAUAACGGUUGUUCCUCAGGUGACUAUAUACCGUAAUUUCCGGACUAUUGAGCGCAACUGGAUAUAAGCCACACCCACUAAAUUUAA